CUUUGACUUUGUAUUUCGUAAAACAAACCUAUCAUCAACCUUUAUUUUCUCUUCCAAAAGAUGAAGAUUCUGUAACAUCCAAUGAACAAUCAAAUUUUGAAAAGAACAUAGAAAAAGGAUCUGAAUGUUGAUCAUUUCAAAAUGAAGAUUAUUUGAUUCUUGUCAACCAUGGGAAGGCAGAAGCAUUCUGAUUCAUAUCCUGAGUAUAGUAAAAGCCUCUUUCAUAUUAUUAAGCAUCAUCCUUUAUGUCACCAUUUCAUACAAAAAAGACAGACAUACAACAACUGCGACGACGACGAAAGAACGGUUCCAGGAACUGUAAUUGCACAAAGGGAUGAAGCUUUCUCUUGUGACAAAAGAAAGAACAUAAGCCUUGACAAGUUAAGCAACUUAAAUGUUGAAGAAAAGGUGACACCGCAUUCUCCGGUUGGAAAAGGAUGUUCACAAUGUGAUGUUGCUACAUCUAGCAGCGAUUACUCGGAAUGUAACUUAUGCUGCAAGCAUCAUCAAUCGGUGAAAAAUGACUUACUUGCGCCACAAGUAAAUGAUAAAAAGAAGCAUAUAUUUGGUGUUUCCACUCGUCUAUGCAAGCAUUUUGUUGGUGGUUUGGAAACAACAAACAUGAACAAGAAAAUAUUAUUAACAUUUCGUCACGAUCCCGUCUUUUCUUUGGUCUAUCACUUUCAUAAACAACAGCAUUUGCAAAGAGCGAAAAUGACACUAAAUAGGUCUGAAUCAUUUCCUUUUCCUUACUCAUUAUCAAGACGGAGAGAAAGAUUAUACACCGACAACGAAACAAAAAAGCCGGUUCUAUUUGUGUCAUCAAAAACUGCAUGUGAACAGGUCAUGCCAUCGGUAGCAAAAGCGAAAGUAAAUGGAAAUUUCAAUAUGAAUGAAGCAUUUAUAAUAGUAAAAGAUGUUAAGUUUUCUUCGGUAUCUGCAAAGGGUCAAAAUAGUCUCAAACAAAAAAUUGAGAAUGUAACUGGCGAGAGGGGUAAAGAAAAGAUUCGCGUUGCAAUGGAUUCUGUCAUUCAUAAACUUCCUCAAGGACAAAGGCUAUCGGAUCGAUUGAAGAAUGAAAUUUUGAAGAAAUUGAAAGAACCUAUUAUUAAAAGAGAAGUUCAACGCAAAAACUCCAUAAGAAGGACCGUGUCGCUUCAAGAACCGCUCGAAAGUUAUUGUAAAACGCUAGAGAACAGCUUCAAAACAGAAGCAAGAGCCUCUCAAUCAGAGAAACUAAAGUUAGAAAAACAAAGGUCGCAUUCGCCGUUGAGAAUGUUGAUACCUCUUCAAAGAAUUCUUUCAUUACCUGAUCUUCAAUCUUUUUCCUAUACUUCUCAAAAGGGAGAUUUUUCUGAUUUUACUCCGGAAAAUCAAAUCAUCAUAGAUAAAAAUGAUUUGGUGAUCAGUAAUAUCUUGAAAUCAUCAGGUUCAAUUUCUAAGUCAGUUUCUACCGAGAAACCAAACAAUGUUGUUCAAAAAACGGAGAUUCGAACCAACAAGUUAAACUAUGAGAUUCCUCAAAUUCAUGUGGACACCAAACUCAAAGAUGAGUUCAACUAUGUGAAAUAUGUACUUGAAAUAUCUGGAUUCACAACUAAUGAAAGCACUUCAGCAUGGCAUUCUAGAGACACUCCACUUGAUCCAUCACUAUAUGAAGAAAUGGAAAAUGAUCCUGAAUUUUGUGGUAAAGUAAGUGGUGAAUGUAAUCACCAUGUAUUGUUUGAUUUGAUUAAUGAGACAAUGUUGGAGAUUUAUGGUAGGUCAUAUGGUUACCUUCCUUCUUCUAUUGUAGGGUGUCAUGUUCUCCAUAAGGUAUGGACUCUUAUGAGUAAGUCUUUGUGUUUGGGAUAUAAAGUAGGCCAAAAGAUAGAUGAUCAUGUAAGUAGGGAUUUAGCAAGAAAUGAUGGGUGGGUUAACAUUCAAUUUUAUGAUGAAUGUUUUGGUUUGGAGGUGGAUCACAUGAUUUUUCAUGAUCUACUUAAGGAAAUAGUGUUGGAUUUAGCUUUGUUAUGAGACAAUUAUUGAAAUAAUAAUAAUCUUUCUUAG